UUGUUGGAAGCGAACCGGCACGCUUAUUUCCUCUUCACUACGCCUCUUCUCUCUAACGUAGAUUUCUACAGAGUGAGAGUGAAUCAAAGGUCUCUGCUGUGAUUUUUUUCCUUGGAUAAUCUGCAACAUUCUCUCUCUCUCUCGACAGUGAAACCCAGAAAUUUGGAAAUGGCUGCUACAGCUACUGCUUCUACAAUCCGAUACGCACCUGAGGAUCCAAAUCUCCCAAAGCCAUGGAAAGGGCUUGUGGAUGGCAAGACUGGGUACUUGUACUUUUGGAAUCCAGAGACGAAUGUGACCCAGUACGAGAGACCACCUUCUUCAGCUCCUCCCAAGCCUUCUCCUGCUCCGGUAAGCGCUUCGGCUCAGACUCAGCAGCCUUCUUCUGGAUAUCUCCGUGCUUGCAGUCCGGUGAAGGAGGAGGAUAAGUACAGCAGGGGCUGUGAUGGGCCUAAGACUGACUCUGGCUCUAGGUUUACUGAGGCUAGCAGAAGUGAAUCAGCAAAUGCCAACAAUGCUGCAUCUGCCAGAGUAGGGCCGCCUUCUUCAGCUGCUGGAACUGAAUCGUUGUCCCCAGAGGCCUAUUGUCGCCGUCAUGAAAUAACUGUUACUGUGAGUAUAUUAUCUGUCUCUCUUGGUGGGUUUUAUCUGGUUGCUUUCUCCUCCGAGGUGGGAGGCCAAGUACCACCACCUUUUACGUCUUAUGAAGCCGCUGGUUUUCCCCCAGAGCUUCUCCGGGAGGUAUACAGUGCAGGAUUCUCAGCUCCAACUCCAAUUCAAGCUCAGUCAUGGCCAAUAGCGAUGCAGAAGAGAGACAUAGUAGCCAUCGCUAAAACAGGCUCUGGAAAAACUCUUGGUUACUUGAUUCCAGGCUUUAUGCAUCUCCAACAAGUCCGCAAUGAUACACGGAUGGGCCCGACGAUCUUGGUCCUGUCACCUACUAGGGAGUUGGCCACACAAAUCCAAGCUGAAGCUGUGAAAUUUGGGAAGUCAUCAAGAAUUUCAUGUGCUUGCUUGUAUGGUGGAGCACCAAAGGGUCCACAGCUGAGGGAAAUUGAGAGAGGUGUAGAUAUUAUUGUUGCAACUCCCGGGCGAUUGAAUGAUAUCCUUGAAAUGAGGAGGAUCAGUCUGCAUCAAAUAUCUUUUCUUGUGCUAGACGAAGCUGAUAGAAUGUUGGACAUGGGGUUCGAGCCUCAGAUCAGGAAAAUUGUGAAUGAGGUUCCCACUAAGCGUCAAACCCUCAUGUACACAGCGACAUGGCCUAAAGAGGUCAGGAGAAUAGCAGCUGAUCUGCUCUCUAACCCUGCCCAGGUCAACAUUGGUAACGUGGACGAGCUUGUGGCGAACAAGUCCAUCACUCAGACUAUUGAAGUCAUAGCACCGAUGGAGAAACAAAGAAGGCUAGAGCAGAUAUUGAGGUCUCAGGAACCUGGUUCCAAGAUUAUAAUCUUCUGCUCGACCAAGAGGAUGUGUGAUACUCUCGCAAGGAACCUGACCCGCACGUUUGGAGCUGCUGCUAUACAUGGAGACAAGUCUCAGCCAGAGAGAGAUGAUGUACUGAAUCAGUUUAGAAGUGGCAGGACUCCUGUUCUUGUUGCAACCGAUGUGGCUGCUCGUGGACUUGACGUUAAGGACAUCAGGGUGGUUGUGAACUAUGAUUUUCCAAAUGGAGUAGAGGAUUAUGUCCAUAGGAUCGGAAGAACCGGAAGAGCUGGAGCAACCGGUUUAGCUUACACCUUCUUUGGGGACCAAGAUGCAAAGCAUGCAUCAGAUUUGAUCAAGAUCCUGGAAGGAGCAAACCAGAAUGUUCCUCCACAGGUCCGUGAAAUGGCUACACGCGGUGGUGGUGGAAUGAACAAAUUCCGCCGCUGGGGUACACCUUCCGGUGGUGGCCGUGGAGGAGGAGGUGGUGGCUAUGGUGGCCGUGGCGAUUCUGGUUAUGGUGGUCGCGGUGGCGAUUCUGGUUAUGGUGGUCGUGGGGGUGAUUCCGGCGGCGGUAGAGGAAGCUGGUCUUCUUCGCGUGACAGUGGCAGCUCGGGAUGGGGAAGAGAGAGAAGCCGGAGUCCUGAGAGAUUCAACAGAGGUCCACCGUCGAAUUCUUCUCCGCCUCGCAGCUUUCACGAGGCUAUGAUGAUGAAACAAAGGUAAACUUAUUGGUUUUUUUACCAGAUCGGGGGUAUAUAUAUUUUAUAUUAAUGAGCCCCGUUCCUUCGGUUAAUUAUUCAUUUUGUGAUCGUGUGUGUGUGGAGCCAAGUCGCUAAUUACUUUUUAACACCACACACCCGGAGAAGAAAGAUACUUCUAAUGUUUUUGUUCUUCGGAGAAACCUUUUUUUGUUUAUAUAUCAAAACAAAGACUCGUUACGUGUUCUUACGUUGCUGAUGGUCUUAGCGUAAUAUUAUGUUAUGACUUUGGUACUUUUAAGCAACAGGUUUGUUUGGUUAUUGAUUUCCAUAAUAAUCUUUACAUAUCCAC